UGUGUCAAAGAGUUGCUCUCAUGAUUUUAACGGUAUUGCUGUUGACGACGAUGCUGCUGGUAUUAGGAAUUUCGAGUGAACCACAGGGACCAUCAUAUCUACCUCCCAGUGGAGGUGUUUCUGCAUCACAUCCGUCUAGACCUGAUGCUGGCCAUCCUGACGAGUGGGCCGGGGAUCCAGUCAACUAUGAAUUUUCCUACGAAGUACAAGACGGUGAUGUUGGUCUUGAUUUUGGACAUCGAGAAAUGCGCAAAGACAACACAGCGACCGGAAGCUAUCAUGUUCUACUUCCUGAUACACGUAUUUUAUACGUCGACUACAUUGCAGACGAAAACGGCUAUCGACCGAUGAUUCGAUAUGAAGGAACCGCCUCUUAUCCCGCUCCCGGUUCUCGUCCUUCAUCGGACCAGGGGUAUAAAUAUUAAUGAAUCCAUUGAAUAUGCAUCAAGCAUUAAAAUGAAGAUGCGAAAAAUGUCGUGAAUCGCUUUCUGAGCGUUGAUCGUUUCGGAAGCAAUAAAUUCUCAGAAUAAAGUUAUCUUUGAUGACAAAAGCGAAAAAAAAAUGAAAUGAAAACGAGGGUGUCACGAAUAAUGUGAGAUUUUCUAUCAAAAAGUCCUUUCA